AUGUCUCUUGAGAGACGUCCAUUCACUUUAUCCUACAAGCCAUGUUCCAAGCUCGUGGCAAUUCCGACUCACCACUCGACCACACCUUCAACUGACGGCAUACAGGACCUUGCAUUUUCACCCGAUGGGCUGUAUUUGGCUGCGUCUUUCAGGCGGGAGGUGCACGUUUGGGAGCUAAAGGAAGACAGGGACGGUAUGACUGAAGCAUGGGCACGGAAGGUCCGGUUCUCGCUGGAAAGCCGUGACAAAGCCUCCAUAUCUUGCAUGGCGUGGUCUUCAAGUAACUACCUGGUCGUAGGGACAAGCGCAGGUCGGUUGGAGCUGGUUAAAAUUAAUGAAAAGGUACCCUCAGUUCAAUGGUCCUUGAGAUACAGCAUUCAACCAAUCUCGCAGGAGGCCAAAGUGCGAGGUUUCCAAGUUUCAGAUGAACCGAUCAAGUUGGUGGCCAUUGACUCGGGGUUUACAACCAUGGCCGUCGUUGCAGGAAAGAGCGAGGUGGGCAUUUGGAAGCGUUCGGACACAGUGGAUUCGAAGAAGGCUUGGGUUGGACUGUUCUAUCUCACUUCGCCAGAAUCGUACGUUUCGCUCCAAGAAGAAGUUGUUGUGACAUCUGUUGCAUGGGACGAGAACCCAUCUGACGGAGAGCUGCUGGUCGUGUCCUAUUUGAACCACGGAAUAGUAACGUGGAAUGCCAGCGUUCCCUCUUUAUCUAAUAUGGUCAAUGUGGAAACUGUUCUCAGCCCCUCAGGUAGCUUAUCCCCUGAUGGUCGAAAAUUUGCCAUUCCCAACUCCAAGGGAACUUUCGAUAUCUACGAUCUCGCGCUCAAGAACAAAGUGGUGACUUUGACCGACCCCGACGACGAAGUUUCAGUCCACGCGAGUUGGAACGAUACUUCACCGAGCAGACAGGCGAGCUUCAUUCGUGACGGCUCUUGGAUCGUCGGGACUGGAAAGGGGAAGCUCAACAUUUGGAAUGUCUUCAACAACAUUCGCGCGCAACGAUUGAACUUAGACUGGCGAAGUAAAUGCUGA